UCAAGAUCUGGAUAAGCUCCAAUGGCUACCAAAAAGAAAUUGUCUCAGAGAAGCUUGAAAUUUCAAUGAAAGAUCUUCAUGAAACCAAAAAAUUGAAUAUCUCUGAACAGGCACGAUGUAAAUCAUUUAAUUCUUAUGAUAAACUAACACUCAACGUGCUUGGUAAGUUUCUUGAUGAGGCUAUUGAUCGUGAGUAUGAUGAUGAAAGUAAAUGGACACAGAUGUUUGAGUUAGGUGGAGAGAUACCUCCUGUAGAACCUAUAUUUGACUGGGAUGACAGUACACAUGAAUUAUGGUUAAAGGAUGAACAAGUUGACAGUUUGAAAGGAUGUUUUACUUAUGCAAUUUUCCAAGGAAAUAUAACACUUUCAGGAACAAAUGAAGGAUUUAAGAUAGAAUCCAAUCUCUACUGUCGCUAUAAAUCCUUCCAAAUCGUCUUGCAAAAUAAUUCUCUAGUUCACAGCUAUCAUCCGAAAUUUAAUUUGAAAUAUUUAGUAAAUAUUACAUUGGAAAUUCUUAAUCUUUCUUUCAGGCAGUGCGCUUUUUUAGAUCUUGAAAUAGAGUGUAUUGAUAAAAAGGCAAAGGUUCCUGAAACGUUUAAUGAAAGGUUUAGAUCAGAUAAUGGAUUUAUUAUUCCGGCAGAGAAAUUCAUGAACAAGCGAUGUAGAGUCAGAGGCUAUUCUGAUCAAUAUAUUGAAAUUUCUCCUCCUGAGGAAAUAGGCUAUUUGCUCCCUAUGGGAAUUGUAACUGCACUGCUAUUAACUUUGAUUCUGAUUGGAGCGUUGCUGUUUAUAUACAGGGACAAGGUUCAAAAUAUGCAAUUCAAGUUUACCAGUUCCCUGCAAGAUCUUCACAAGAAAAAAGAAAAAGUAAAAGACAUUUCUUCUGCCGUGAGACUCAAAAUGGACGACAUUGUUAAUUUGAAUAAAGAGUUUGAAAAAUUGGAUAAAAUAUCCCGUGAGGAGAUUGAACCCAAAGAAACUUUUAAGAUAGCUACCAGUCCAGAGGUAGUCAAGAACCAAAGGAACAGAUACAAAAAUAUUUUACCCUUUGAUUCCAAUGUUGUUAUGCUAGAUACACCUAAAGGUGAGGUUCCUCUACCAUAUGUGAAUGCAUUUGACAUUAAAUUCAAUGGUUUCAAACAAACCUAUCUGGCAGUUCAGGCUCCGAAAGUGAAGGCAAUGCCCAGUUUCUGGCAGAUGGUUUUAGAAAGAAAAGUUAGAAUAAUUGUCAUGAUCACAGGGCUAGUUGAGAACAAGAGGUAGGUUGAAAAGAAGGAAUUACAGGGCUAGUUAAGAACAAGAGGUAGGUUGGAAAGAAGGAAUUAUUGUCAUGAUUACAGGGCUAGUU